UUUGACACCGAGUUGGUAAAAAAAACAAGAAUCGAAAAAUGGCGAUGGACAAACCAAGUACCUCCACUGAAAAUGACUUUGAUUCACUAACACUGCAUGAUAUGUUUAGAACAAUUGGUGAUCAAAUGACACCUCGAGAUGUCAAAGUUUUGAAAUUUAUCUACAGUGGCAUAAUGGCUGAUGAUAUUUUGCGAAAAGUGUACGAUGGCUUUUCGUUUCUUUUAGCGUUAGAGAAAAUGGAUAGAAUCGAUGAAACGAACUUCAAGCAUAUUUUAGAUCUCUUACGAAUUAUUACACGGCAUGACUUAACACCUUAUGUCACACUGAAACGUAGGAAAACUGUUUUCCCGGAUCCUGUAUCAGAUUAUUUAGAGAGGACAAAUGAAACAAGUUGCCAACAAGAUCCAUCACAACCUCAAGCCAAGAAGAGAAGAAAAAGUUAUACAUAUAAAAAGAAAUCACGCAGACAAUCUACCUCUACCAGUACACAAGCUACAACAAAUGAGGAACCAACAGAAAGUCAAAAAGCCAUAGAUGCUAAACAAAAAGUAACAUGUGAUAUCAAAUUACGAGUUAGAGCUGAAUACGAGACACAUGACUCAGCCCUUGUAAAUGUGACAUCUAACAAACCAACAGAAUUAGAGAGACAAUUAGAACGAUUCACACAAGCAGAUACAAUUCUCAAGUCUAGAGAUAUCGGCUCUAUAGUGUGUGAUAUAAGUUUUUCUGAACUUACUUACUUAGAUGCUUUCUGGAGGGAUUAUAUUGAUGGUUCACUUUUAGAGGCUCUUAAAGGGGUAUUUAUAACAGAUACUUUGAAACAGGUGGUCGGACAGGAAGCUAUCAAGUUGUUAGUUAGUGUUGAUGAAGAUGAUUAUGAAGCUGGAAGACUCAAAUUGUUAAAGAAACUCAACUUUUGAAAAUAGUGAAUAAUCAUACAACAGUGCUG